GGCAAUGACGGACAGGCGGUCCCAGAGGGGGAACCUGAGCACGUGAGCAUGCACACUGAAGCGUCGAGCUUCACACCUCAGCAGGCCUCCGAGCAGGCGGUCCCGGGCGUGGGCCCUAUACCGGAAGCCAUCCCUAUCGUCCAGCCACAGUUCGCGGCUAACUUCAUGAACUUCCUCUAGCAGAUGGCUGGAGCUUACGUGCCACCACCGCCGCCACCAGGGGCGGUGGUCACCAUCGAGAAACUCCGGAAGAAUGGAGCUGAGGAAUUCUUGGGCGAUCAGAUCGCCGACCCCAUGAUUGCCAAACGGUGGUUUGAGCGAACCACCCGAGUGUUGGGGAACCUGAGGGUUCCACAGGAACAGCGUGGCGACCUCGCAGUCGCAUUACUUCAGGAUUCCGCCUACGACUGGUGGAAGCGUGUGGGAGCAGACAUCCCGGAGCCCGUGCAGUGGGCCACAUUUGACUUACUCUUGCACGAAGAGUACAUCCCUGAGCACUUCGUCGAGGCGAAGCGGGAGGAGUUUUUGAAGUUCACCCAGGGUGAACUCACACUGCCUGAGUAUCGUCAGAAGUUUGACGAGCUCGCGGGGUUUGGGCAAGACCUCGUACCGACCGUGGAGAAGCGAUGCAAACGCUUCGUGGAGGGUUUACGUCCCGACCUUUCGACCCAUCUGAUCAUUGCUCCCCGGAGUGACAUCAACGCGUUGUACAAGAAUGCGUUGGAUUUAAAUGCGGCCCUCAUCAAGAAGGCUGAGCACCCAGGAGAGUAUUGGUACACUCUUGGCCUGUGCCUUGGGUGUGGCCAGGCCGGGCAUUUCCGAAAAGAUUGUCCGAAGAAUCCGGGUGAGGCAUUCUCGACCGCACCAGCCGCUCCAGCCCCAGCAGCGCAGCCCGCCCAGAGUCAGAAGUCGGCGGCAGCAUCUAGCCAGCCCAAGCAGCAGGCAUCUGGCGCUUAGGCGGGGAAGGCUGUAACGCCCCAAAACAUACCCUAAAAUUUUUAAUUAAUAAAUAUUCAAUUAGUCAAAUUUGUUUCGAUUAAAAUAAAUAGUUAUUGGGCUUUGGGCCGAAAUGAAAUGUGUUUUGAUAUCCAAUAUCUUAAUCUGGAUAAAUCUCAUAGAAAUAAAUCCAAUAUGUUGAGUAUUUGUGUGGUCUUGAUUGAGAACAUGAGUACAGACCCAAAUCAAGAAUAAAUAAAGAAAUUAGUUAUGUAGUG